AUGUCACGACUAGUUCAAUUCACCAGCAACCAACUCCGGAUAAAAUCGAGCGCUGGUAGAACUCUGUUCAACGUCCUACUGAGCCAUCCAAACGAGUUCAAUCGGACCUCAACUAUCAAUCAAAUACGGACCAAAGUUUCAUCGCGUCAGACUGGCGGUGGCAAAUCAAAAGCUGGAAAGCCAAGCGAGAAUCGAUCCGCUCAGACCAAAGGGUAUCUCAAGAAAUCGAAGGAUGCAAACAGUAACACAGACGGGAAAUCGGACCGUUAUGAGGUGAUCAGACAGAUGAUGUACGAGCAGGACCCUAAAAUGGACGACUCAGCCCGUUUGGCUCGAUUGCAAAAGGCCGUACCCGAAUUCGAGAUACACGAAACGAUUGACAGAGCAUGGAAACUAAACGAAAGACACCAAAGAGAAAAGCAAGCAGAAGAACUUGAAAAACAGUAUCAAUCGAUGAAUAACGCAUUAGAAGAACUUCGAUUGACCGAUUUGAAGCUGUAUUUGAAGGUCAUCAAAGACGAAAAUGGAUCAACUCACCGGUUACAAAACAUCGUUCAAACCAGUCAGAAAGAUCAAAUCAAUCUGAACUCGACGGGCAAAUUGACUGGGCUAUUUCCUAGGCAACUCAAGCUGCCGGUGGAAUCUCUACCAAACCCCGACAAGGUGUGGGAUCAUGAUUGGAAGAAUCCGACAGAUCCAUCAUGUUAA